AUGUCAGUUUUGUCGAUAGAAUACAACCGUAUCAUAGUAUUCAAGGAACCCAUACCAGACAGAGUUCUUCCAGAUCACGUGAUUAGAACUGAAAAGGUUCUCAAUGAAGGGGGCUGCAGGGUGAAGUGUUUUUUGGAACCAAAAUGCGUGUCUAUUAACGUGGGUCCUGGAGGUGCUCAUACAAGAACAUGCGAACUUAACAAUGCUACUGACGAGAGCCCUUCACUGUCCUCUCUGAAAAAGAUGGAACAUUACAUUCACAUUGCUAUUGAGGUAUGUUAAAACUGGCUUUUGGUUCGUACGUACUGAAUGAUGACGAUAACGAUUCAGGGCAUACAUGUAAUAACGAUGAUGAUCAUGACGUUUUCGUUGCAUAUGAUGAUGAUGACGAUGCUGAUGAUGAUGGUGAUGUUGAUGAUGAUAAUGAUGAUGACCAUAUUGCUAAUGCUGCUGAUGAUGAUGAUGAAUGGUGGUGACAAUAUUGAUGACAAUGAUGGUGAUGGAGGCGAUGAAGAUGAUGAUAAUGGUUUUGAUGAUUAUGAUUUUCGUUGUUGUUGUUGUUGUUGUUGUUGUUGAUGAUGAUGAUGAUGAUGUUGAUUUUGGCGCUGUUGUUGUUAUUAAUGAUGAUGACGAUAGUUAUGAUUUUGAUGAUGAUGUUGACGAUGAGAUGUUGAAAAUAGCGAUUCGGAGAAGCGAUAUAAAUGAGAUGUGCUGAUAACGAUGGUAAUGGAGAUUGUGAUAAAGGUGCUGUAGGAUAUAGACUGUGGAACCCACAUUGCGGAUUAACUUUUGAGAUGUAGUAUCAGAUUUAAGGCUGCAAAUUAACAAAACAUCUAAUAUGGUAUCUUUUUAACUCAGAACUUUUGCCAAAUUAACGAUGAUCCCUGCCCAGGAGAAAACGAGUUAUGUGAAGCUGGGUUCACAGAAAAACGCUACAGAUGUGUCUGUCGCGAUGGGUUCAAGUUUGUAAACGACAAUUGUACAGGUAAUAUGCAGAAGUUAGAUGCAUUAAACAAUUCAACUUAUAUUCUUCGCCAUUAACGAAGGCUCGAGAGCUUAGUUUGUAGUUCAUUACACCCUUGCAAAUAUAGAGUAAUUUCACAUGACGUCACGGCGGCCAUAUUGAUGUUCGAAAGCAAUGAAACGGCGGCCAUGUUGGUAUUCCGAACAAUUCUUCUGGGAGUUGAAUUCUUUUCUUGUGUGAACGCUUCCUUUUGCUCGGUUAAGUUUGCAUAAAUGCUGGCCACGUGCACGAAAACCUUCAGUGGGAAGAAAGCUGUUAACUUGCUUUUCAUCCUCUUUCUUCACCAGUAGGUAAAUGGCGCCGACGACUGUAUAAGAGGGAGCUUUAAAAAGGGCGUUUUGAAGCUACGGACGGCAACAGGAAGUGGCGUUUUGUAUUCCUAGGCGUUUGUUCUGUCCAAAUGUUUAGACAAAAUGGUGUCUUUAAGAGUAAACACACUUGGAGAUACAAAUUUGGUAGGCUGCACUUCCGGCUGACAUGCUUCAAUUAAAAACGUCUUUGCUUGCUUAAGCGCCCCUAAGGGCAUUAAUGUGCACCCUUUUCUACUGUAGCCUGCGCGCGUGCGCGGGUCUCUGGUCUGGUUGUCACGUUUAUUUUGUGCCAUUGAGAUAUUACCUUUAAUCUUAGUCUGUUAAUCAGGCUCAGAGAUUGGCCAUUUUGAUACUGAUUUCGCGAGAGACUGGGUCGGGGUUGUUUUGAACUGCAUUGUGGGGCCGUCUUGGGAACGAAUUUUUACUCACACUCCUGUGCGAGCUUGCAAAGUCAAGAGGAAACAUCACUGUUUACAGACAAUGAGUGAAAGAAAAGAACUUUCCGCUUUUGUUACAAGAACUAAUGCGCUUCUGGUGGACACAUUUAAAAUAUCAAUAGGUGACGUCAGCGUGAGUAUCGCUGAAUAACUAUUAAAGAAGCGAUAGUGUCUUACAAUGCAGUUGAACACAACAUCGAAACGGACUCUUUGGCAAACUCACAAUAGCCACUGAUACAAAUUACGAUGGAUUGACUCUUAUUUUCUGUAGAUCUAAAAAAUAGUUUUUCUACUUCAUUUUUUAUAUCGCCAUUCGUGUUCAAUGUUGACAGAUAUUGAUGAAUGCCAUGAGGAAUUGCACGACUGCAAGCUAGGUAUGCCGGGGGGCAUGAAAUGCAUAAAUGAGCCUGGUUCGUUUCGUUGUGAAUGUCUCCCCGGAUUUGUUAAAGAAGGUUCUAUCUGCAAAGGUCAGUAUUUUAAGGGGAAUAUUCUAACAGCUCCAAUGGCUUCUUAAAAAUAAUGACCGAGUGCGUAUGGCGAGGUUAUUAUUGAUUUUUUAAGAAGGGCAUUAUCCGGUUUAGUGGACCUUUCUAUUGUUUUAGAACCACCAGGUCAUUAUUGUGGCCACUGAAAUGGAAGAGUGGGUUAUUAUUCGUAAUAAUGACCUCCUGCUCCACCUGUCUUGCAGUUGUUGAAAAUAACAAUCUUUUCAAAACAAUGGAAAGGUGCAUUAAACAUAUUCAAUAACCUUUUUAUUAUUCAUUAUAACUACUCCCAGUCACAACGUUAUUACUUUUGAGUAUAAAUUUUUGGCGUCAUAUUUGUUCCUACGCAGUUUAGAGAACGAACGGAUGUUUUGUUUUAAAAGUUACCCUCGCAGAGCGUCACCAUUAACAUGUUUUUGCGUGUUGUUUAGAUGUUGACGAAUGUGGGUCCUCCAGCUUGAAUAACUGUUCACCUAACGAGAAAUGUGUGAAUGAACAUGGUUCAUUCCAUUGUGAGUGCAAUGAUAUUGGACAGUGUAAAGGUCAGUGAAUAUUACUAGAGGUCGCUAAUCAGAUAACUUGUAACAAGGCUUUGUGUAACAUGCAUCGCUCUGUUUACUGUGCGUUAUUAGGGAGCUUUAGCCUGCGUAGCAUGGCGGUUUUGGUUGGGCGCGCUAAAUAAUAAAGGCGGGCGAGGGCAGAGAAACUGCAAGGAGAUUGGGGCGGAAGCAACUUGAUUAUUUUUCUGGCGGCUUCUCCGCUCAGUCGUGCUACCGAAACCGCCAUGCUACGCAGGCUAAGGGAGAUUAAGCAGGGACGAAGGCGAAAACGACACCGUCAAAAAACAAUUGUUUUUAUGAGCAAAACAACAGCUUUGCACGUGUCUCACAAACCUUGUUCACAUAUCACUCUGUGGGACGUUAAAGAACCCACACACUAUUCGAAAAGAGUAGGGGACGUAGUUCCCGGUGUUGUGGUCUAUCUUCAUCACUUACAUCAUCACUCAUCAAGGGUUGGGAGGGUUCAGUGGGCUCAUAAAUGGACUGAUAGCGGCUGCCAUCGGCGCCCUUAGUAUGCUGAUGUCCGAGCCCACUGCAAAAAGCUAUGUAAAGAGGACAUGUAUGUUUGUCCUCUCAAUCGCGACAUUUACAUUUACAUUUACACUUUCUUAGUACAUUUCUUUGACGUUUACUGCACGACUACGACGUGAAACCCGCUAAUGUGACUUUUUAUCGAAGACGUAAACAUACGACGACGAAUUUUCCUUUCUCGUUUUGAAACUGGAUAAAGUCCUUAGGAAUUCAACUCCAGGAAAAAUUGCCUGCAUUUGACAAAUUGAGCUGGUGCAAAUAGACGCGAUAAAGUUUAAAAGGACGUAAAUUGUCUUUUUUAGCGACGUUUUCCCUGCCGUCGUCGUCUUCGCCGGUUACGUAAGUUUUCUAUUCGGAGAUCACAAACAUUAUGAAGUGUCAGCCUUCUUCUCGCCACCUAAACCAGCUUAAUACCUCAGAAGAAUUUGCCACAGAAAAGAAGUCUUACGAACCCGACAAAACGGUUUACCCUGUUUGUUUGAUGUUGAUCAGUUUAAUUAAAUCCCAGGAUGCCAUGAUGCUCUCGGUGUAGAAAGCGGUGCAAUCUCUGAUGGGCAAAUGAGUGCUUCUUCGCAGUUGGAUGAAAAUCACGCUGCCUCUCAGGGAAGGCUCUACGUUGAAGCUGUUUCAGGCAAAAGCGGGUCAUGGUCAGCAAAAGUUAAUAAUGUAUCUCAGUGGCUUCAAGUUGAUUUGGGUAAUCCGCACACCAAGGUCACUGCCGUAGCAACACAAGGCAGAAAUAACUACCCUCAGUGGGUAACGAAAUACAAAGUGCAGUAUAGCGGAGAUGGCGACAAUUUUCAAUAUUUCAUGGAAGAACAACCCAGCAAAAUAAGGGUAAGAUGGUACCCACCGUAGACGUACACAUUUGAAAUUUUUAAAUUAAGUGUUACCUACCUACCUGCCUACCUACCCGCCUGCCUGCCUGCCUACCUGCUUGCCUACCUACCUACCUACCUGCCUGCCUUCCUGCCUGCCUACCUACCUACCUACCUACCUGCCUGCCUACCUACCUACCUACCUACCUACCUGCCUGCCUGCCUACCUACCUAGCCUACCUACCACCUACCUACCUGCCUGCCUGCCUGCCUACCUGCCUACCUGCCUACCUGCCUACCUGCCUACCUACCUACCUACCUACCUGCCUGCCUGCCUACCUACCUGCCUACCUACCUACCUACCCACCUACCCACCUACCUACCUACCCACCUACCUACUUAUCUACCUACAAACCUUGCACUCUUUUCGUCAUUUUAACAGGAUAGCAACAGGCCAUUUUCGUGUUCUCUCAAGCCUCUGUUUCAAAGCGAGGCCAAGUCCAAAGCCAUGAAAAUGAUUUUUUAUUCUCAUGGAAAUAAAACUCAUUUUUACACUUAACCUCAUUUUGAAAGUGAGAAUAUUUGGAACUCCGAAGUGGCCUGUAGUUCUGCUGCGGAGUGAGCUCUUGAUCCCGUAGAUAAGUAUUAGGAAAACCAAUUAGGCUACCCCCAGUUACAGAUUUUCCCAGUGGAUAGUGUUAUUUACCUUUUGAACGGCUAGGGCCUGAGUAGAUAGACAACUGAGAUAGACAGGGUGGAGCAAAGUGUCUUGUCUAAGAAAACGAUGCAAAGACAAGGCUUGAAUUCCCGAGGGUAUGGGUACUUCCUAUAAUGGCCCAUACAGGGAGGCUCCGCCCGAAAGAGGUAUCUUUUUCAGGCUUCAGGUAUAUGAAACAGGGGCACCCAGCGACAAUUUUUGGAAAAUAUCUGUUCGGAAGGCGAUUUGAGAUCUAGAAUUUUCGGAAGAUUUGUUGUUAAAUUUCUUGCUUGCUCGCCUCUCCUAGGAUUUUCGAACCUCCCCAAAAUUGUAUAAUUGCCCAUUUUUAACGGAUUUUUACCCCAAAAAGGUCACCUAGAAUUUUCGGGAGCCUGUUUUCAGGCUUAAAUUUUCUAAAAGGUAAGUUUUUAUCCCAAUAAUUUUCGGAUCACUAGACUUUCAGCUAGGAAAUCCGAACAGAUGAAAAAUUUGUAGGGAUAAAAAUAUACCUAUAUCUACCGUCUAAAUACUAACAUACGUUCAACAAUACUAUGUUUAAGUGGUUUUGAACUAUAUUCUCGUUGGGUGCCCCUGAUGAAAGGGUAGGGAUUUCACUAGUUGAAGUACCGUAUAUAAAAGGGUAGGGAAAUCUGUCAUUUAGGCCUGUGAAAAGGCCCAGGAGGGCAAACAGAUGCAUUUAUGGCUUUGAAAAGGCCGAGGAAACUUUCUGGUUUUGUGAUAUAUUCGUAUUUUACAGCCAUUGCGUUAUUAGAGAGAUUAAGAUUCACGUUUACGCCAAACGGCAAACUUGAAUUUGUACCACGUGACCAAGUUUUCCCCUUAUUUUUCGUUAACUGUUUAUUGCUUCUACACAAAAAUAAGUAGUUUUAUGCCAGUUUUAUCCAAAAGAAUCGUUCUGGACUGUUUUUAUCUGCUUAUUUUCUAUUUUGAGAAAUUCUCAACUGACGUUUGCCGUUUGCCGUGUGCCGUAAACGUGAAUCUUAAUCUCUCUAUUUAGCAGUUAAAAGGGAUGCAAAGCUCUAAAUUAGGUAUGUGAAAGGGGUACCAUUUGUCAAUAAAAGGUAUUCGAAAGAGGAACCAUUUCUGUCAAAAAUGGUAUGUUAAAGGGUAAAGGUAUUAGCCUCACCGUAUCAGAAACUUUGUUGAGUAGCCCUCCCCCCUGGCUGGAAUUCUUGAUCGUCCAGCACCACGUCUCCACGCUCUUUUUGUAUUAAUUUUUAUCAAUGAGCAUCAUAUUCAUUGAAAGAUGUUUUUCAGCAACUUCGUCAUCUUUUUUUUUUUUUAUUUUGUUAGGAGUUUGUUGGAAACACAGAUCAGGACACUGUGGUCUACCACAAACUCAGUCAUCCCAUCAGGGCACGCUACAUCCGUUUUCGACCAGUAACUUGGCACGGUCACAUAUCCAUGAGGGUGGAGAUUUAUGGGCGCAAAGGUAAAAUUUGCAUUUGUAUUCCGGUUAUCAAAACACUGACCAACUGCUGCUUGAGGAAGGAGGGAGUGUUGGGUUAGGGUUAGGGUUAGGGUCAUAAGUAACUUUCGUGGAACACACCUAUCCUAGAAAGAAAGAAAAUAAUAAUUUAAUCCUUAGGUGGGAAUGACAACUACAAAAUGGAUUAGAUAGUAUAGAGCUUUCAAUGUAACGCGUUGCUACUAUUUUAGCUUGUUUUAUUUUAGGUUUUUUAGCCCCUGAUUAAGACUUGUUUUGUCUAGUCGAAAUAUUGGGCAAAUAAAUCAAUGUAAAUUACCAACCCUUAGCUGUCCGAUCAGCCUUGCCCUCAAUUUUAAGUAAACCUACUCCAUCAGCCAACAAAUUGUUACGCCCAGUAAAAUCGUAUUUCAAUGCCUCAUGUAAGGAAAUCUGGAUUACUGAUUCCGGUAUAUGUUUUGCUAAUAGAAUCCUGGGCUUUGGAAUUAAGGCUCAACGAAACCGGAAUCCCACUAACGGUUGAAAUCCCGAAUCCGAAUUCCUCUGACAAGAAUCCAGAAUCCAGUACCCGAAAUCCAAAUCCAAUCCAAAAUUUACUGUACACGCAUUUAAUUGAUACAUUUGGAAUGUGCAGAUGAUCUGGGAAUGGAAAACAAUCGUAUUAGCGAUGGUCAAAUCAGUGCCUCUUCAGAGCUGAGUCCCAAUCACAAAGCAAACCAAGGCAGACUCUACUAUACUACAGAUGGAGGCAAAGGGGGAGCCUGGUCAGCUAAAACAACCGAUGGAAAUCAAUGGCUUCAAAUUGAUCUUGGGGGCCCUUACGCUACCGUAACAGCAGUGGCAACCCAAGGCAGACAUGACAAGGAUGAAUGGGUUACGGAAUACAUGUUGCAGUACAGUAAUGAGACUUUGAAUUUCACGCACUACAGAGAACCAGGACAAACUGAGGCAUGAGAAAAUAAAUCCAUAUAUAAACAUUUUUCUUUUUUUGCCAGGAAAGCCUGUUUAUCAUGUUUACAUGUUGUUGCGGUUUUAAUCGUCUUAACGCAUUUCCAGCUUUCAACAAAAAUGACAGUACACGAAUUUUACAUCUAACAAAGGGACCUGAGUGGAGAUGCUGAGAAGGGUCCGGAGGAUCAUAUGCUCUGCCACUUAACCAUGUGCUCAAAACCCUAAUCCUCCACGUACCCUCCCCUUUGCCUACCGAGGAUCUUUAAUUCGCUUUUCUCAUUGAGAAACUUCUUGAAAUUUUUCAAGAGUACAUCAUCCUUUGAGGGUCUCACAGGAUACUUCUUAAGACCCUUGAAAAUACCUUGGAAUUAUUCCUACCAUUUUCCUAUCCUUCAACUCGUGAGAUCCCUAUACUUUUAAAAUACCUUUAGCCGGCCAGCAAAGCAUCCCUGUAUAGUCCGUUUUCGAUUGUAACCCUCCCCCCAAAUACACACACACCACGAGUCAGUACUAACUCAGGGUUAGGUCCUGAGUCAAGACAAGUGUGCGUUGUAGAGUGAAUAAUAUGUACUCCUAAUAAUCUGUUUAUUUCCUCCGGUUAGAUCUUUACAGGGAAUGAUGAUCGUGAUACCGUAGUUCUUCAUAGCUUGAGUACGCCAUUCAAGGCGCGUUACAUCCGUUUUCUACCAACUGAUUGGCAUGGCAAAAUUUCAAUGAGAGUAGAGCUUUAUGGAUGCAAAGGUAAUUUAGAAGGUACAUGUUUUCAAGUCUGAAAGCAACGGCCCAGUUCAUUUCUUUUUAGGACUGUUGUUGACAGUGACUGACGUUUCGACAACCUGUGCGGUAAUCACCUUCAGAGUCAAAGCGAGUUGUAUCACGUCAGAACCCCUAACCGUUGUUAAUUUAUUUCCGUCACUGACAUUCUCGUUAAAACUGACUCGUAGUAGAAUGAUGACGGCCUUUUUUUCGUCAAGAUGAUACCGGUAUUCAAGCGUGCGCACUGCUAACCUUUUGACCUCUUCCGCCAUUGGUUUACGUAAAGUCUUACACUUCAUCGUUAUUGUUAUUAUUUUAAUUAUAGAGUUCUUAAUUAUAAUUUAAUACUGAAUAUUUUACCGGGCAAGUAUAUGUGUACAGCUGUUUCGAGAAAGGUUGUCGGAAAAAGUGCACGCGACAAUCCCGAAAGGUAUUGUGGGUGGUUUUUAGUUCACUGUUUAAUUUGAAAAGAAAUUUCAAAGAAUGGCACGAGAGGCCAUGGACGCGUGUUUGCAAGUGCUAAAGGAAAGUAACAAAAGUACGUUCGACAACUACAGUGUCAGGAACAAGUCAUUGAUCAUAUCCCAUAUUACCUUUCGCGAUUGUCGCGUGCACAGUUUUUGCGACAACCUUUCUCGAAAUAGCUGUAUAUGAAAUGUAUGAAUCGCACCUUGUCGGCAACAUGACUGAUUUACCAUGCGAUUUAAAAAAGAAAAUAAUAAAUUCAUACUACAAAAUUGUACCUUUUUCAUUUUUUUAUUUUUUAUUUUUUUUACAUUUUCUUUCAGACUGGAAAAAAAUUAACCAUGAAACAGUCUGCUACGAAGCUAAAAACUCUCAUGGAAGUUUUCGCAUCACCAAACAGGGACUCAUCCACACGUUUAAACUGGUUCACCGAAGAGGAUCAUUAAAGUGUGCACAACACAUACCAGCAACCUUUUGGGGCUGCACACACAACAAUUAUGGUGAUCAAACACUAUCUACUGUAAUAACAUACGAGAACAAAAGUGUUCUCCCUCUAGCAGAAUACAGAGAUCAUGGCUACUGUAAAAAAAACUCGUACAAGAUCAAGGGUAUAGAUGUUAACUCGACGGAACUUCUGUUUGACCGUCUUCCGUCUCCAAUAUCCGUGUCUAAUGGACAGGUAUUCAAAAUUUGGUAUACUGAAGCCUUGCUGAAUAAACACAAUUGUUACAAGGAUAAUAGUGGUAAGAUAUGCAUUGACGUUUAUGCGUUGUACGAUUGAACUGCUACCAAGAACGUGCAGGUGCUAAGACUCUAGAAACAACUUUAUUUUUAGCACAGCAAUCAUCAUUUGUCAGUAGUCAGAGACCACUUGGGUAUAUAGCUUUACAAUACAUUAUAGAGGAACUUUUAGGUCUGUAACUGAAGGUAAGGAUGUAUAUCGGCUUAGUUACCCAGAUGGCUCAUUGCAAAGGACUAGAUCAAUGGUGUACCACAUCCCCAUAAGAAAAGGUUGGUUGUUUGCAAUGGUAGCUACAAUAGUAAUAAUGAGAAUAGAUUGACCGGUUUUCUCACGAUGUAGUCACUCGACCAUUGUAGUAAUGAAAAGCAGUCUGCAAGAGUAUGGCGCGAGUAUGUGGCCCCACCUCCAAAGCCAGAGAAAAGCGCCCUGGGGGCGAGGUUGCGUCUGGCAUCCUAGGAAAAGUCAGGAGCAAAAUGCGCUUAUCCCCG